UUGAUUAGAUCGAUAUUGUAAUAGCCAUGGCGAUGAAAUGCGAAAUUAAAUCGAUCAGCCUAAUAGCGUUCUCUGACUCAUUUAAUUACAUUUUUAUACAUUUUUAUAGUUAAAACUAUGGCGAAAGCUACGACAAUUAAAGAAGCAAUAAAAAAAUGGGAAGAAAAAACUGGCCUACACGCCGCAACAGCCACAGAAGUGAAUUUAAUAUUUCAAUGGCCGCCAAUUGAAAAAAUGGAUAAUUCGUUAGCUUCUUUAGUUAAUUGCGAAAAACUUAGCUUAUCCACGAACAUGAUAGAAAAGGUAACGGGAUUGAAUAGCUUAAAAAAGCUCCGAAUUCUUUCACUUGGACGAAAUUAUAUCAAAUCUUUCGCCGGUAUGGAAUCACUGGGAGACACCUUAGAAGAGUUAUGGGUCUCUUACAAUCUAAUAGAGAAACUAAAGGGCGUUCACGUUUUGAGGAACCUGAGAGUGUUAUAUAUGAGCAACAAUUUGGUAAAAGAGUGGAGUGAAUUCAAUAAGCUACAGGACUUACCGAAUCUAGAUGACCUGCUGUUUGUCGGCAAUCCUCUAUACGACGCGUGUGAACUAGACACGUGGAGGUCUGAAGCCGCCCGACGUUUACCUAACUUGAAAAAACUGGACGGUGAAACAGUUCUAAGGGAGGACGACCCGCCUCUAACAGUCGCUAAUAUGCAGCCUGACAGUGGAGACGCUGUUGAGACCUUGGUCAGUGUAGAGCCAAACGAUUAAUGGAAAUUGUUAUUACGAGCACGUGCGUCGAUGAAAACGGUAUUUAAAUAAGUUACUGUGGCGGGUAGCCAUCAUACAACGCAAGAUAAUUGACUGAUGCCUGAAUCUCGCUUACGACAUUUUCAAGAUAAAGCGCAUAUAUACAAGUUCCGAACAACAACAUUUGGACCGUCGGUCUACCGAGCAAUGUCAUCCGCUCGGUGGAAGAUUUUCCUUUCGUCGUCAUAUAAACCUCCAAACUGGUGACCUGCGACGGAACAAUCACAACCUUCUGAUUCAUCAUCAGCGCAUCAAGAACUUCGGCUACCACAAUCCCCGCAUUCUCGCAGAUAAAAGCACGUCAUUGACAGUCGUCCCACAGCAAGCCAGCAUCGCAGCCGACUCACCGCGCUUCCUGGUCCUACGGCACGCACCUACACUGCCUCAUCGCGCAGCAUUCAAGCUCAGUCUCGACUCACUGCAGACUUCGAGCAGCACUGGCGACAAUCACGCAGCAUUUCAAGCUCAGUUUCGACUCACCGCAAACUUCGAGCAGCACUGGCACUUGCAAGCUAAUCUCAGCACGGACAACGAUAACUAAAUGACACGACCUCCGGUCUCGGAGGGGAGUGGUGUGGCGGUAGCCAUCACAGAACACAAGAUAUUUGACAGAUGCCUGAAUCUCGCUUACGACAUUUUCAAGAUAAAGCGCAUAUAUACAAGUUCCGAACAACAACAUUCGGACCGUCGGUCUACCGAACAAUAUCAUCCGCUCGGUGGAAGAUCUUCCCUUUGUCGUUAAGCUCCCCAAAUUACUAUAGGCAAAAACUAGGCUUUUUGUUGUUUAUCUGAAGGCAACAUAAUAGAUUUAGUGAUACAUAGAUAGUUUAUGAUAAAAUGAAAAUAAUAAAAACGAUUUGGAGCUGC